GCUACAAUUUUUAAAAAGCUGCUUCCAUUUUUCAAGGUAUCGAUCUGAUUUUCGACUAGAGCUCUUUUGCAUAGCCCAAGCAAUGCUCUGAAAGCAACUUGUUCAUCUCUACAAUGUUACUUGGUUCUUGAGAUCGGAGUUGUUCACUGACCCUAGUUAUCUAGACAUGGCACUUCUCAGGGCUGAUAAUGACUGGAACUGGCUCCAAGAGCACUUGUAUCAGGAUACAGCCUCUAAAGAGCUCUGGAGGGGAAAGGGGAAGGGUCACCACAAAGGAAGAAUAAUUAUCUUUUAUCUGAGCUCAAGGGACAGAAGAGUGCUGGUGGAGGCUUGGGGCUGUCAGAGAAAGGCAAUGAAAAAGUAGCUGUUUAUAUAAGCCACAAAAUAGCGCCUGUUUUGCAGUACUUGAAAUAACUGGGCUCAACAUAUUUGACAUUAUGGAGGCAUAUAGUACCCUGGGUCAGCAGGAGAGACUGACUCACAGCACUCCAGUUCCCCUGAAUGCCUGCUGUUUGAUUCACAGUGCUAUUGUGAGCGCUGAAAUGCUGGGAACAGUCAGUUCCCGGUAUCUGAGUCAUUCUUCUGCCACAGACUGUGACAAGUCUCCCAGUUUCUGGGGAGCUGAUCUAUAACCAGAGCUAGUUUUAUGUUCUGUACUCAGGAAUGGUGAUGUAAUGGUUAAAGGACAGGCCUUGGAGCAAAAGAGCUGGGUUCUAGUGCUGGCUGUGGCACCGACUUCCUGUGUUAUCAUCAAUGAGCACCUUUGCCUCUUAGGUGUUCUUUAUUUGAAAACUGAGUGUAAUGCUUAUAGCAGGGGGCUUCUGUGAGGCUUAAUCGGCUGAUGUUUGUAAAAUGCUUUGAGGGCCCUGGGUGGAAGGAACUAAAGAAAUGUGGUGCAAAAUGACUGCCAAAGGAAGCUUCACGUAGUGACAUUUGGGGAGGAAGGAGCUCAGUCCAGCUAGUUCUAGCAUUUAUACCCUGUGAUGAUUUGGACUUGGCUAAUCCCCCCCCUUUUUAAUAUGCUCAUACUUGCUGCUUCAGUUGCUGCCUUUGUUCUACAGGUUAAUUAUGGUCAUUGUAAAGAUGAUUCCCCUGGAAGUCCCUGAAUACCAGAUCCGUUCUUAGCUUCAGUUUGAACUCUUUGGGUUUUGAGCCUGUUAUUUGCUUGGAUAGUUUUGAGGCAUCCACCUUCGCUGGACCUCUCAGGAUUUCAUACACAUUAGUUGUGCUUCCUCUUUUCUAAAGAACAACAGCAGCAUUUUCCUCCCCCUUUUUCCAAAACCUGAAACAUUUCAUCCUUGCUGCCCUCGGCUCUACCUUUUCCAAGUCUUCAGUGGUCACUCCAGCUGGGAGCUCACUCGUCCUUUGUGAAGGAUGACUAGUGCUCCAUGAGUCCAUUGAUUUAAACCAAAUAAACAAAGGACAGCACUCAAGAAUGAAUUUAGUGCAGGGAACAAUCCCGCACUGGCAAGGAGAUAGACUGGAUGGAGAUGACUGAGCUUUCUCAACUUCUGUGAUGUGUCCUGGUGAUUAAAGCCCUAGUCCAGCAGGAUUCCUAAGCACACAUCUAACUUUAAGCACCUAGAUCAUUCCAUUGAUUUCAGCAAGACCAGUCAUGUACUUAAAGUUAAGCAUGUACUUAAAUAUUUUUGCUGAAUCAGGGCCCUAUUUACCUUCUUACCUAUCUCCCAGAAAUGUGACUGAUGGAUUUAAAGUUCUGCUCACUAUUUCACCCUCAGUGUCUUGUAUUUUGUGACCAUUUAGAGUAGAAUGUUUCUUGGCAUCUUUCUACACUGUUUUCAAUGCUUUUACUGCAUUAAGUUGCAUGUAUCCCUUUCCCACCACUGCCCCCAUUUUUUUCCCCUGGUCCCUUUGAUUGGAGUCGUCCUUGUGUUAUCUGCAAUGGUGGUACAACCUCUCCUACAAGUUUGCUCUUUCCAGGCAUUGAUGUGAAUGAGAAAAAGGGCCCAGACCUGACCUCUACAGAACUCCAUAGUGUCACUUCCGUCCUACUUGGAAAAUGUACAAUAGGCUAUGCCAGAGCCAAUUCAGUCCUACUCCUGCCCACUGUUUUGGACAGAAUAUGAAGGGUACUGUUACAGAUACUUUCCCGUCAAUAAAACCUGGGCUGAAGCCGAUCUCUAUUGUGCGGAAUUUUCCAUUGGCAUAAAAUCAGCCAAAUUAGCGUCGAUUCACAGCUGGGAAGAGAAUGUCUUUGUAUAUGACCUGGUAAACAGCCGAGUGCCUGGAAUACCCACCGAUAUCUGGAUGGGACUUCAUGACCUAAGACAGGAAGGCCACUUUGAAUGGACAGAUGGUUCUUCCUAUGACUAUAACUACUGGGAUGGCAACCAGCCAGAUGAUGGGAUCCACUCUAUUCCAGAGGAGGAGGACUGUGUACAGAUCUGGUACAGAUAUAACAGUGCUUUACGCUCAUGGAAUGACAACAGCUGCAACAGAGAAUUCCCAUUUGUCUGCAAGAUUCCAUCCCUGGCAAUUGAUUAGCUCGCUCCCACAAUAACAAACAGCAGCAGUCAACCGACUAAACUACUGGAAUAAAGUCAGUCUGACCAAAGGCAUAUUUUAUAUCAGAGACAAUUUUAGCGGCUCAAAUAACUAGUUAUAUGUCUGAUGCCAGCUACUCCACCUAGAAAAUACCUUACCUGUCUCUUGCUUUUGUCCAUGCUAUAGCUGACCAAAGAGCAUUGGUGAACAGUCAAGCCUGUACAUUUAUCAUGGUCUAGGAACAAUUUCAGUGUUGCAUCUCCAUCCAGACCUCUGUGACUGAAAAAUGAUUUCUUAACCUAUACGUAUAAUUAAACAGGUGAAACAAUU